AAAUUGCCAUCAUACAACCUGAGGCAGCAGGUUCAUUCUAGCUGGAGAGGGCUCGGCAGACUUAUCUGACUAGCGAAUUGCAAAUUAGCCUGCUUAAUUUACGUGGAAAAGGUACCCGGUUGACCACAAUUUCUUUAAUAGACUGUAUAGCUGGCUAGUGGGAAAACACUGGUACACUUCCGAUACCUAGGUCGUGUUCAGUAGGCAUGAAAGGGGAGGCGCUCAUCUGAACUUGUCCAAUAAGAAACCAUGUUUUUUUGUUGUCCACCAGUUUGUUAUGGUGUGCCCUACUUACAAGACCCUGUUUAUUUGAAGUGCCCUUCUUCACCUUUACUUUUAUGUAGGCCUUGUAAGAAGCCGCUGUCCCCCUCCUGUACAGUCCAGAUGUCUGGGCUUGAGGACAUCCCCGUGCCCGUUCCUCUGUUGGCCGCGGCCCUCACCGCGGACACACGCAGCCUCCUGCUUGCCUAUGGCAGCUACCUGCAGCCAGUCAUGGAGAGAUUGGAUGUGAACACAGCAGAGAGACACGUCUGCCUAACCCGCAAUGUCCACACCACCCUCACCAUCGCCAUGGAAACGACCGUUUCCAAGGUGAAAACCCCAGUAGUUAACGCCAAGAGCAAAGUUAUUGUCCCUGGUCUUCCCGGUCACCAAGCGCCGGUCAAAGCAACUUUGGGAUCCGAGAAGAGGAAAAAGGGCACAGACACCAAAGAGAUGUCCAUAGAGGAGCGACUGGGAGAGAUCGACUUGUCACGUGAGAAGGGCGGAGUCAAGGAAACCCCCUCUCUGCAGACGGACAACUUCGCGGUGCUACUGGUGCAGGGUCUGGAGAGCAAGGACGCCAACAUCCUCAAUAAUGUGUUUCAGACCCGGAAGGAUAACUUAAUAAAGAAAACCGUUUCCCGGUUACCCAUCCCUGCAGUCUUGCCAUUGGUGGAAGAGCUCACCAAGAGAAUGCAAGGGCAUCCAUACACGGCAGUGCUGAUGGUGCGAUGGCUCAAGGCUGUUCUCAUGCAGCACACCUCCUACCUGUCCUCGUUGCCAGACCUGGUGUCUCAGCUGGGAGUGUUGUACCACAUGAUUGAGAGCAGAGUCAAAAUGUUCCACAAACUGACCAAGCUGCACGGCAAGCUCUAUCUGCUCAUGACACAGGUGGUGACAGGUGACAGUGGUGUCACAGACGUGGACCAUAAGGCCAAGCUUGUCUACGAGGACGGGUCCUCUGAUGAAGACAAGGCUUCAGGCGAUGAAGGUCUUCCAGACGAAGAUUCUGAUAACUGGGAGGAGGAUGGCAUAGAGGAUGAGACUAUGGAAGACGAGCAUAGAGAAGAAGAGACGGAGGAAGGCAUGAGGACGGAAUCCAAAGCUAACGGUGACUCUGACAUGGAACCGGGAAACGAGAGCGAGGAAGAGUGAUGCUCUUCAAAGGAAACAAUCUCAAAAUGAACACACACAAAUGGACCGGAGAUUGAUGUACUUUAUUUUCAUGCUUUGUUUUUAUUGUAUCAGAACAUAAAUGGUUAUACAAAAAAAAUGGACAGGCAGUGGGUGUGGGUGACCGGCUGUGAACGAGGCCUAUUCCUUUCCCGGGACAGCCAACAAAGGCGGGAACGUGUUAUCCCCACAACCAAGCUGAAAGCCCCACAUUUUGAAUAUUUUCCAGAGAUUCAAGACUCAUUCUUCUGUCCCAAUCUCCUCCUUUCUCCACUUUGUCUGUGGUUCUGGGUGUAAAUCAAGUGUGACACCCCCCCCCCCCCCCCACUGCUUAUGGGAUGCAUCCAAAUGGCUCCAUAUUCCCUACAUACAGUUGAUGUCGGAAGUUUACAUACACUUAGGUUGGAGUCAUUAAAACUAGUUUUUCAACCACUCCACAAAUUUCUUGUUAACCUGUCUAGGACUGUCCGGAACCCCUCGGCAAGAGCCAAUGUAAUUGCAGGGCGCCAAAUACAAGUAUUAGGCACGAUUCUAAAGAUACAAUUCUAGUUAAUCCAGCCAGUGUCUGUUUUUAAGAAUGCUUUACAGCGAAAGCUCCACAAACGAUUGUUAGGUCACCACCAACUCACAGAAAAACCCAGCCAUUUUUCCAGCUAAAGAGAGGAGUCACAAAAAGAGAUGGCAAUUAAUCACUAACCUUUUGAUCUUCAUCAGACGACACUCAUAGGAAUUCAUGUUACGCAAUACAUGUAUGUUUUGUUCGGUAAAGUUCAUAUUGCUAUCCAAAAAUCUUAAUUUACAUUGGCGUGUUACGUUCAGUUCCAAAACAUGCAGUGAUAUUGCAGAGAGCCACAUGAAUUUGCGGAAAUAUUCAUUAUAAAUGUCGAUGAAAAUACAAUUUUUAGACAUGGAAAUAUAGAUACGCUUCUUAAUGCAACCGCUGUGUUUGAUUUUAAUAUAACUUUACGGAAAAAGCGUAAUGUGAGAACCGCGCUCAGAGCCCGAACCAGCCAGAGAAAUAUCCGCCAUGUUGGGUAGUCAACAUUAUUCAUGAACAGCCGAUCUGGUCCUUUCGGACUAAAUGUUCAAAAGGUUAUAUUACAGGUCGAAGGAACUUGUCAAACUAAGUAUAGAAUCAAUCGUUAGGAUGUUUUUAUCAUAUAAGUUCAAUAAUGUU